GCGGCGCCUCAGCCUCCGUCCCCUCCCGGCGCCUCGCCUCGCCGCCUCGGCCUCCCGCAGCCGGACCGGAACUAUGUGAUCCCGGAAGUUCCGGGGCCACUGCCGUGUGGGAUAAACAGUAAUGGCGGAGGCUGCGGCUCCCGGAACAACAGGCACCGCAGCGGGAGCAGGAGCGGCAGCCGCCUCCCCGAGCCCGCUCCUCACGGUCGCCGCCCCGGCCCCGGGGGCGGGAGGAGCGGGCGGCGGCUGGACCAAGCAGGUCACCUGCAGGUAUUUUCUGCAUGGGGUUUGUAAGGAAGGAGAUAACUGUCGCUACUCACAUGACCUCUCUGACAGUCCGUAUGGUGUAGUGUGCAAGUAUUUUCAGCGAGGGUACUGUGUUUACGGAGACCGCUGCAGGUACGAGCACAGCAAGCCACUGAAGCAGGAAGACACUACUGCUGCAGACCUAACUGCAGACCCCUCCCUCGCUGCUUCCUCCAGCCUCCCCUCAGCCGGACCACUUGCUGACAUGAGUGCAGGCGAAGCGGAGUCGCGUGCACACCUGGCAGCACUAGGAGCGGGUUCAGAGGACUGGGCCAACGCCAUCGAGUUUGUCCCUGGGCAGCCCUACUGUGGCCGUACUUCGUCUUCCUGCACUGAAGCACCCCCGCAGGGCUCAGGGACCCCGGCCGAACCCGAGAAAGAGCAGAGCACCGUGGAAACCAAGAAGCAGCUCUGCCCCUACGCCGCGGUGGGCGAGUGCCGCUACGGGGAGAACUGUGUGUAUCUCCACGGGGAUUCCUGUGACAUGUGUGGGCUGCAGGUGCUGCACCCGGUGGACACCGCACAGCGCUCUCAGCACAUAAAAUCCUGCAUCGAGGCCCAUGAGAAGGACAUGGAGCUGUCGUUCGCGGUGCAGCGCAGCAAGGACAUGGUGUGUGGCAUCUGCAUGGAGGUGGUCUACGAGAAAGCCAACCCCAGUGAGCGCCGCUUUGGGAUCCUCUCCAGCUGCAGCCACACCUACUGUCUCAAGUGCAUUCGCAAGUGGAGGAGUGCUAAGCAGUUUGAGAGCAAGAUCGUAAAGUCCUGCCCAGAAUGCCGGAUCACAUCUAACUUUGUCAUUCCAAGUGAGUACUGGGUGGAGGAGAAAGAAGAGAAGCAGAAACUCAUUCAGAAAUACAAGGAGGCCAUGAGCAACAAGGCGUGCAGGUAUUUUGAUGAAGGACGUGGGAGCUGCCCAUUUGGAGGGAACUGUUUUUACAAGCAUGCGUACCCUGAUGGCCGUAGAGAGGAGCCACAGAGGCAGAAAGUGGGAACAUCAAGCAGAUACCGGGCCCAACGAAGGAACCACUUCUGGGAGCUCAUUGAGGAAAGAGAGCACAGCAGCCCCUUUGACAGCGACGAGGAGGUGGUCACCUUUGAGCUGGGCGAGAUGUUGCUCAUGCUUCUGGCCGCAGGCGGGGACGACGAGCUGACAGACUCUGAAGACGAGUGGGACUUGUUUCAUGACGAGCUGGAGGAUUUUUACGACUUGGAUCUAUAGCCGCUCUGUGUGGCGUGGGGACUGUGCCCGAGCUGGUGUGGCAGUGCGUGUUGCUCUCCUAGGCAGGCCUCUCAACUCCAGGUGCUGUCGUGAUCAUUCUUACCCAGGGCCUGUCUUCCUCCACCCCUUACCUUUCCCCAAGGAGUGUGUUGUUUUCUCUGUUUCAAAAAGUUACAAAAAUAAAUCUUAAAGUUAGUUUUUUUUUUUUUUUUUGGUAACAUGAAUUUAACUAUCAAACAGAUAGCGUAGGUUUAUUGCGUCAUCUGUUCUCAACAGAUUGUGUUUAUGGACUUUCCACACUCUUUGAGGACUCCCAGGUUCAAACAAAAGCACUGGCUCUUCUUUGGGGGUCCCAGAAUGGGGGUGACGGGUGAAGGGACCUGAGCUGGCGAGUCGCCUUGUGGAGGCGCAGGAGGCGGACCGGGUCCUGGUGACAUCUGCACAUCUGUUUCUAUCUGUUCCUUUCCCCUCGUCUCCACCACGUGCACUUGGUCUGUGGUUCGGUCUCCUGUUGAGUUGCACACAAGUAAUACUACUGAGAACCAGGACCAAGCGCAAGGGUGCUGGAGGCGUUUGUGAUUCCACUGUUCAGCAUGGUAGGAAGGUUGUGGAAGAACCGCAUCUGAGAGUGGGAGUGACUCCAGGGGCUGAUAGACUUGGGGAGGGAGGGAGUGUGUGUGUGUGUGUGUGUGCGUGCGAGUGAGUGUGAGAGAAGCUUCAUCCCUGCAUAGUCAGUAUUCUUAGCCUUAGUGGGCGACCUUGGUGUAGUGGUUUCAGGUAGAUCCUGCAGGACGCAGCAUUCUGUGGUAGUGGUAAUUAAUAGCAGUGCUAGCUCUGUCUGUCCACGUACAUAGAAAUGGGGUUAGCCAUAGAGAUGAGACUACCUGGGAAUCCUGUGUGUUAACACACUGGGUCUUGGAAACACAGUGGUAUUUAAUGUUUAAUGACCUAGCCUUUCCAGUCCAGGCACUUUUUGGAAAAAUCUUUGUCCUCAUUUGAGGAGUUUUGUUGUUGGGUUUUGUGUUUGUUUUUGUGGGUCUUUGCCUCAUUCCACCCCUGAGCUUUGCAAGUAGACAGAUGUGAUUCAGCUCUGUGUUCUGAGGUGUUUCUUGUAGUGGAGUAAUAGGUUUGCAGUCAGAAGUCCUACUUUUCCACUGGGGCGGGGUGGGUGGUCAUCCACGAGACAAACUGAAGUUCAUUUGCUAGAAGAAUUCCCCUGCGGGCAGUUUUACCUUUGCCUUUUGUUGCUCUGUCUCCUGCCGUGUCCAUCCACUGCUUUGAUUCCUUGGAUCCCACCCGUUCUUUCACUUUAAGAAAAAAACAGUAAUUGUUGCAGAGGUCUCUGUAUUUUGCAGCUGCCCUUUUGUAAGAAGCACUUUUCCCAAAUAAAACAAUAAAAAAAGAGUUGGCUUUC